AUGGAUGGAGAAAACCCAAGGGCGGCAGGGCAUGUGUGGACUGGUGUCACGUCGGAUAGCGGUCUGUGUCUUUUGCAUCUCCUGGGUCUGUACUUUUGCUGGGAGUAUCCCAUCUAUGCAACGCUCAGCAAAGAACACUUUAUGAAGGAUUUCGAGGCUGGAUUGCCGCGAUAUUGUUCGCCAAUUCUUGUCAAUACCCUGUUAGCUCUUAGUUGCUGUUUCUCAACGCGCCCUAGUACUCGAACAGACCCCAACGAUAGCUUUACAUCGGGAAACCACUUCUUUAGCGAGUCACUCCGCCUCUUUGACUUGCAAACAGACCACGCCUGCUUGACAACCAUACAAGCCCUAGGCAUAAUGGCAAUCCGGGAGGCGAACUGUGGCCGAAGGUCGGAAAGCAGCUACUACGCUAGCCAGAGCAUGCGCCUGGCCGUCGAGAUGGGCCUACACCGGCCCUCUGGCGCGCUGGAUCAGGACAGGAUGGAUGUCGAGGCUGCCACCUUCUGGGGUGCUUACUCGUUAGACCAUGUCUAUAUCGCUACCACAAACGUCUCUCCGCAUCCCACGACCCCUAAACUUCCAAUCAUUGGCGCCAUUGAGUCGUUACUGUGGAUCCCCUGUACCGACGACGGCCUGUACACCAAAUACAGCCAGCCAUCGAAUACACGCACUGUGUUCAGGUGCCUGUGUGAGAUCAGCGACCUAGUCCAUCAGUCCGUCUUUAUCAUGAGGCUCGUGUUGAGUUCCACCCCAGCAGUUCUAUUUGUACACCUCUACUACCAUUUUUCGAUCAUUACCCUCUUCCGUCCGCUCGUCAAAACCCGGAUCCCCAACUCGACCAUCUCGCCACAAGAUGUCUGCUGUCAGGCCGCAGACGCGAUCCGGGCCCUCUUGCGGUCGUAUUCCCAGCUCUACACCUUGAAACGCGUGUCGUCGUUUGUGCCUUACUUUGUGUUGGCGGCCUCCAUCAUGCGGUUCACUGUUUGGAUUAGCGGACAGAGAGGCGGCGGCAACGUAGGUAGUCAUACGGCGACAACCCCACAGUUAGGCCCCGGCGUGGCCGAGGACAUAAUCCAGGGCAUAGCAGACCUGGAAGAGAUGGAGUCGAGCCGGUUUGCGUUGCACGGGCUGCAUCUGCUACGGGAUCUUGCCAAGAGGUGGAAUAUCGACGUUUCGCCACCCAACAUCGGCACAGUUGCAUCUGCGUUGUCGCCGCCGCCGCUGCUGCUACACAAUGCCUACCAGCAGCCUGCGCGAGCCUCCACAAACAACAGCGACGUCCCCGUCCAGCCCAGCGACUUCCAAUUCGAAUUCAUGCGCAUGUGGGAUCAGACACCGUGCGGCUUGGCCGCCGAAGGCCCCGGCGCGCCGGCCUGGACCAAGGGACGCGCCAGUGGAUUUGUGUUUGGUUUUAUGUGA